AUCACAGUCGUGACUUAUCUCGCAGCGAUUAAAUACAAAAGAAUGGGCGGAAAGUUUACAUUUCCAUUGGUACAACAGCCUGCUGUCUAUGAGCCACACUCGUACUUCACAUCUACUGGUACUAGAAUUAGAAGUUUUGAGAGAACUGAAAAUCCAAAUCCGUAUGAAGAAAUCUUUUCGGAGUUCUGUCAGGCAAUGAUUGCAGAGCGAAGAAAAUUGACUGCUGCAAAGCAGAUUUUUCAAGACGCAGACAUAGCCACUAUUGCAGAGAAAUAUCCAAACUGGGAUGCUUCAUUCGCUUUAGACAUGAAAGCUCAAUUUCAAACAUUUGAUGUCAACCAGGAUGGAUUUAUUGAUUUCAGAGAGCUGUGCCUGAAGUUAGAUGAAUUCGGUGAUCACACCAGUGAGGAUACACGGCGGCUCUGGUUUGAUGAAGCAGACGAGGAUCAGUCACAGGGAAUUGAGUUCUGGGAGUUUUUAAAACUGAUCGACAACAUUCAAAAGGGCACUGAAUCAGCUGCUGCCAGAGGAUUGGCAGAUCUCAUUGAGCACACAAACCAGGGUAUCCAUUCCAUGCGCCAGCUCAAUGUACUGCAACAAAUGAAGCAAGGGCUCUUCUAGUUAGAGCUGAUUGUAAUGUAGAAGCCCAGGCUUGUUAAAUUUCUAACGUUGCGUAUUACUAGGAUAUUGGUAGCAAGACACAUGAAUUGAGAUAUAUAGCUUUCAAUUGAAAGUUGUUCUUUAUAUGCUGCUAUAGGCCACCCCCUUUGGUUGUACAAUUGCAACAAAGCUUGUAUUUCUUAUCAAACUACAAACGUUUUUCAAAUGAAAAUUCUGUUACAUUUAUAAUGCACACACGUACACGCACCGACGCAUGCGCGCACGCACGCAGGUAUAUGAGUAAUUAUUAAAACUGGAUUCCUUGCUGUAUGCUGGACCUAAUUUACAGGCUCAUUUAAUCUGUUGGUAUGUAUUGUUACAGCCGUGAUUCUUUCUUCACUCCACGAGCUAGCAGUUAAGUAUGAUCUACUGUAACAUUCAUGACAUUUUUAUGAUAUGAUUCAUAACAAUUCUUUAAUAAAAUGUUUCUGAUUUCA